AUGUGUGACAUUGAGUCCAUGUUUUAUCAAGUGUACGUCGCCGAAGAGUACCGGGAUCUACUGCGCUUCCUGUGGUGGGAGGAUGGAGACUUUUCGAAGGAUCCAAUUGAGUACCGAAUGACUGUGCACCUUUUCGGUGCAACCUCGUCUCCUGGUUGCGCCAAUUUCGCUUUGAAGAAGACUGCGCAAGAUAACGAGCGCGAAUUGGGAUCAGCUGCCGCUGACUUUCUGCGGAACGACUUCUAUGUGGAUGAUGGAUUAAAGUCCUGUGCCACGAUUGAGGAGGCAAACCAUUUGAUCAAGUCGGUUAAAGAAAUGUGCAGAAGAGGAGGUUUCAACCUGCAGAAGUUCGUUUCCAACAAAAAGGUCAUAAAGAACAUCCCAGUAAUUGACUGA